GCCAUGGCACAGACGCUGCAGAUGGAGAUCCCCAAUUUCGGCAACAGCAUCCUGGAGUGCCUGAACGAGCAGCGCCUGCAGGGGCUCUUCUGCGACGUCUCCGUGGUGGUCAAGGGCCACGCUUUCAAAGCCCACCGGGCCGUGCUGGCUGCCAGCAGCUCCUACUUCCGAGACCUGUUCCACAGCUCCAAGAGCGCUGUGGUGGAGCUGCCGGCGGCCGUGCAGCCCCAGUCCUUCCAGCAGAUCCUCAGCUUCUGCUACACCGGCCGCCUCAGCAUGAAUGUGGGCGACCAGUUCCUGCUCAUGUACACGGCCGGCUUCCUGCAGAUCCAGGAGAUCAUGGAGAAAGGCACCGAGUUCUUCCUCAAGGUCAGCUCGCCCAGCUGCGACUCGCAGGGCCUGCACGGCGACGACACGCCGGGCUCAGAGCCGCAGAGCCCAGUGGCCCAGACGUCGGCGGCGCAGGGCUGGGCGGCCGCGCUGCCCUUGGUGUCACGGGUCAAGACGGAGCAGGGUGAGCCCGACGGCGUGCAGUGCACCUUCGUGGUCAAACGCCUCUGGGACGGCGCCGCCAAGGACACCGGCGGCAACGGCAGCCGGAAAAUGGCCAAAUUCUCUGAGGCGGCGCCGCGCCCGCCGCAGCCGCCCGGCGCCGGGACUGGUGCCGGCGGUGCAGCCCCAGCCCCGGCGCCCGCCCCGGCGCCCGGCACGGCUGCAGACCAGACCAGCCCCGGGGGCACGUCCAGCGCCUACACCAGCGACAGCCCCGGCUCGUUCCACAACGAGGAGCGGCACAAGGUGCUGCUGCGCCGCCUGCUCGCCUCCUUCUUCGACCGGAACACGCUGGCCAACAGCUGCGGGACCGGGAUCCGCUCGUCCACCAACGACCCCAGCAGGAAGCCACUGGACAGCCGGGUGCUGCACGCGGUCAAGUUUUACUGCCAGAACUUCGCUCCCAACUUCAAGGAGAGUGAGAUGAACGCCAUCGCGGCCGACAUGUGCACCAACGCGCGGCGCGUGGUGCGCAAGAGCUGGAUCCCCAAGCUGAAGCUGCUGAUGGCCGAGGGCGACUCCUACACCUCCUUCAUCAACGACACCGGCAAGCUGGAGCCCGACAUCAUGGGCCCCGAGCCCCCCUUCGAGGCGGGAGGCCCCGAGCCCGAGGGGGGGCCUGCAGGGGAGGGGCUGCAGUGACCCCCCCAGCCCCGAGCCCACCCUUGGGGAUGUGCCCCGAGCAGGGAGGGAACUCGACCCUAAACUGGGGGUGCAGAGCGAUGCCCCCACCCCACC